AUGGCGGGGAUCAUUAACAGGGGCGACUCUUUCAGAAGAAGAAGAUCAAGGUCGAAUUCGUUGGCACCUGCGGAUCAAGAUGGCGAGGAGAAGCACUCCGCGCCGGCAAAAGAUGUCACGUCGUACACGGUGGCGAUGCUUGGUACAAGAGGCGUUGGGAAAACCGCCCUGAUCAGCCAAUUUAUGACCAGCGAAUGUAUAAACGCGUAUGACAGGCAGAGAGACGUACCCAGCGAGCAAUCUGUUUCCGUCAUGCUGAACGGCGAGGAGAGCGAGCUGAGAUUCCUGAACAUCGCGAACCCAACGACGGAACUGGAGGUGAUACACCCGGAUGCCUUCGUCAUCAUGUACUCUGUGAUCGACAAGGCGUCCUUUCAGAGAGCAGAAGAAUAUCUAGAACGUCUCCACGACCAGGAUUUCCUUCGAGGAAGAUCGGCUAUACUUGUUGGGAAUAAAGUGGACCUGGUUCGAUCCAGGGUGGUUUCUUCUCAAGAUGGCAAGUGCAUGGCGUGCACCUAUCGGGUGAAGUUCAUCGAGGUCUCGGUCGGGAUCAACCACAACGUGGAUCACUUGCUGGUCGGCAUUCUCAAUCAGAUUCGGCUGAAGAAGGCGGGCAACACGGAGAAUCGAACUGGGAACGGUGCUAGCGAGGGCAGCGGCCACUGGUACAAGUCGAGGGGCGUGGUACGCGCCAGCAUGAAGGCCAGACAGAUGUUGACCUGGCUGUUCGGCAAAGAGGACAGCAAGUUUAAGAACUGCGAGAACCUCCACGUGUUGUAAAUUAGGCGAGCGGGUGGACUUUCUACUCCCCCCCGCGGCCGUACCUGACGGUAGAUUGUAAGGGCGGUGUUGUUCGGCGCGACCUCGUCCAACCCCUCGCGUGACAUGAUCGCUUGGCGUGACACGAACAUGACUUGCUACUCGAUCGAGCAACCGUGAGCUCACUGGCCAGAGGUGAAAAUUUUGAAGACGCGGAGGUAUGCCUGUCAAUUCAAAUGACUGUCUUUUUUGUGACGAAAGGAGUAACGAAACUAUAUUUGAAAUUUUUUUUUGCAACAAGAUACAGAGUAUUAUGAUUUGUGGUAUACAUCUUUUGGUGAUGUACAUCUUGACGCAGAAUAAUCAUUAAAUGAAUAAUUUGUUUUAAAAUUCGUGAAACUAAUUUAUUCGUGAAUUUAGCGACUUGAAGCCCCUUGCGCUGGCAACUGGUUGCCACCGCGGACCAUAACGAGUGACCGAACCGUGUACAACAGUUCGUCGAUAUGAUGUCGUACAGACACAGAUAGAAAUUAUUAAGAAGUAAUAAAUUUAUCAUUUGAGUUACGUUUAAAUAUACUUAAAACGGAGAAAAUGUUGCAACUUGAGAGAAAAAGUUCGUUUCAACGCAAGAGGUUAAUAAGAUGGUAUAAAAUGCUAGAGUAUCUGAAUCUUUUGGUAGUGUUCAAUUUGAUAAAUUAUUAAACGAAGAGUAAUGUCUCUGAGUGGUUUGUUUUAUUCAAUGAUUCAUGAAAAUACUCGUUUUAUAUUUGAAAUUGGCAACUUUGAUAGAAUAAUAUAAUGUGUCAGAGUUUCUGAAUGGUUUGAUAGUAUUCAAUUUGAUACGAAAUAAUCAUUAAACGAAGAGUAAGUGAUUUACUUUUAAAUUCACGAAAUUAUUUCACUUUUUUAUUUGAAGUUGGCAACUCUGAUCGAACGAUUUAAAACGCCAUAACUUGUGUAUUUCUUUUUGUAGUAUUCAGUUUGGUACGAAAGAAUUGUUAAAUAAAAAGCAGUGUCUAUAAUUAUAUCUGUUUAUUUUACAAAUAUAUACGAUGAUACAAGUAAAUUAUUACAAUCUGUGAACUUUUCUUUACAGCAAUCUGGCCACAUAUCUUAAUUAAUUUAUAUGAAAUAACAUCUUGGAUGAGCACUUUCUCAUUGCCAAUCCUUAGCCAUGUUUUCUCUAUAAAAUAAAAUUGUCUUUGCAACUUCUCUUUGUAAUUGGCCAUUAUCCCCACAAGUUUGAAGAUUCUAUGUGAGAAUCUAUAGAAUAUCGAACGUCUACUGUUUAUUUGCUUGCUCGUGCACGUCAGAGAUUUCACUCUUGCUCGGUUAAGCAGUGGAUGAUGCUAGAAACCACAGAAUCUCAAGUGCAACUGGAAUUUCGAGUAAGAUUGUAUUUCAUUCGGUGUUGAUUUCGCUUGGGAUGGCCAAUUGGGUGUCACAGCACUUGAAGCGAUUUCGUUUCUCUCGCUUCUGAUUUUGGAAAUUCAUUUAGGAGUCUCUUCUUCCCUUUGAAAUUCACUUACAUAUCUGCCUUUCUUACAUUUUUUUUUCAAUCUCUUUUCUCAAGGGGAAACAGUCGAAUGAAAUUGAAUUAUAUUUCACAUAAUUCGACGAAUCUUUAAUUCAAUAUUUCAGUUCUUGUACGCAGACGAGAUUCUGGGAAAAUUGGGGGGGCGUGGAGGGGCUGGCGAACAAAGUGCCAAUUAAUUAAAACGAACGCGACCACUGUUUCUUUUUUUUUUUUUUCAACUGUUACUUUUUAAUUAAUGUUAGCUCUUAAGAACUUCCAUCGAGGAUCCGCUCGAUACCUACCGAUAUUAAUCAUAAUGCCGAUAAUCAUAAGUUCGUUAAGUCGCUAUUAUCGUCUAUGUUGGUUGGUUGGCGUGCGCAUGGAAAAUAAAUCGUGGUGGUGGUACCGAAGUGAAAAUCUACUGCACACGCGCGGUUUGAUUGUUCAGUUGCUUCCGGUCUUUCUACGAAAACACACGUUCGAAUUUUUCAAUUUAAAGACGUUUGAAUUACCGAAGAAGAGUCGGAGAAUGAUUCGAUCGUAAUUUCUCGCGAUGUUUCGGACGGGUUUUGUAAUUUAUUGACAACAAGUUUCGUGCAAUUUUAACGAUUUUUCGAUCGCUUGGAUCGUUUACGCAUUUGUGGGAAACUUAAAACUAUAAAAAAAAAAAAAAACGUAUAGAAUAUUUCAGAAUAUUAAGCUGAAAUGUUCAGUUUUAAGUUCUGCUUCUUCAGUUGCAUUUGCAACAGUAAGAAAUUGCAUAGAUAUUCGCGGUCUGUCGAUAAAAUUCGAUCUCGAUACGAUACAAAAUACAAAACAUUUGGAAUUUCGAAUGAACAGUAUGAGUGAACUUCCAUUUCUCAUUUCACUUUCAAGCUUCCGACAUGAAAAUCUAUACGUCGCGAAAAUUUAUUGCCACCGACGAUUUAAGUUAUUGAAACGACUAUUGGCAGUGAUCAGACUGCCAAAGAUCGAAGCGAGCAAAGAACAAAAGAAAAAAGAAAAAAAAAAAAAAGAAAAAGCAGAAACUCGAACAUCUUCGGAGAUUUAGUCGAAAGGACGAACGUUCGUGAAGCUCGAGGAUCGCUCGAGGUAAGAGCAAAGACAAAGAAGGGAGCUACAGAGCAAAGAGACAAAGCAGUUUAAAUCGAUUCUAGAACGGGUACGAAGGAAUUUCGAA